CUGAGGCCCGGCUUGAAGGAUGGACCGUGCCCUGCUGCUGCUGCUGCUGUCCCUUUGGGCUCUGACUGGAGCGGUGUCCCCGCAGGCUGCAGGCUUGUGUCCGGACAGACUUCUGGGACAGGAGAGCAGGAGGACGUGUCCUCGGCCCUGCAAGGCCGACCGGGACUGUGGCAGCAAGCGCCAGUGCCUGUGUGACGGCCAGUGUGGUCUCAGCUGUGUGGCUCCAGGUCGAACUUGUCCCUGGCCCCUGCCCCCCCGUGAAGACUCAGAGGCUCGUCUCCUCUCUCCCACUCACUCCUUCUCUGCCCUGCUCGAAGUACGCUGCAAGCCAGGAUUCGCGUUGCCCAAUGGCCUGGACGCCACCAUCCGCCGUUGUCAAGGUGACCGACAAUGGAGUGGGGAUGAGCCCAUCUGCACAGAGACUCGGUCACCUGACGAACCUGCUUCCACCCCAAGCUGCCCUCUGCCUGAGCACAUCGUCGACACCUUCAGCAUCCAGGGCGACGCUACAGCCGGAGCCUCCAUCCGCUACACCUGCCUGUCUGGGGCCGAUAUAGUGGGGAGCAGGGAAAAUUUCUGCCAGGAUAAUCAGACCUGGCAGUAUCCUCACCCCAUGUGUAAAGAAGUGUACUGCCAGCCUCCUCGAGAGGUGGACCAGGGCUACGUGGUGGCCGUCCAGAAGACUGAAUACGAAGUUGGCUUCGACAUCCACUACCUGUGUAAAAAGAACUUCCUGCUGGAUGGACCCCAGAAGGUCACCUGCCUGUCAAAUGGGAGCUGGAGUGCGUCUCCACCACACUGCAGAGCUCGCUGCCUCAUCCCCGCCCAGCGGAGCCGCGUGGUGAUCGGCGGAGUGAAGCGCUGGCCGUUUGAUGUCACGGACACCCUGGUUGCUCACGGUGAAAAUGUGACGUUCUUCUGCAAACACUCAAAGAAGCAGUGCAGCUUCUCCGCAACCCAGUCGUGCUUCGACGGGAGGCUGCAGACACCAGCCUGCUACCUCGAGCCCACAUGGUUGCAGUUUAAACUCUUCCCUCACCGGCUGGUGUCGGAGAUCGACGCGUGUGGGCCCGAUGAUGUGGAGUGAAGACUCCGAUGCGUUCAACACUCACGACGCCGCGUCCCAACGCCGAACGCCUCCCGAGACGCUCAGCAUCCCGCCCCCGCGCUACAAUUGUGCUCCGUGUUCAGGACAGUGCUUGUGACCUUUGGCCCUUUGUCAUGUGCAAACCCACCUCAAGAGUCACCUUGUGCUCCCCCCCCCCUCCCCAUGCGGCUCCAGCAACGCUGCAUGCGUGUGAGGAUGCACAUAUGACGCAUGAACACACGCUGUAUCGUUUGUACUCUGUGACAUUUCACCAUGUGAUCUUUUUAUUCCCGUGUUGACGCAUCAAGUCGCGUGGCUUGUAAGUUGUUUAAAUGGUUAAAAAAUAAAGUAAGGUUAAAUUG